UUAUCAGCCAUCAUAUGUUUCUGGUGUUUUGCGAAUUUUCCAUUUAGUUAAUUUUUACAAAAAAAGUGAAUUAUAAAAUAUAAUUAUGAAAAUCAAAUAAUAGUUAGUAAUACGUGAAAAAUGCAGUACGGCACAACAACGCAAAAGAAUUUUUUGCACAAAGAAGUGAAGCUGCACAAAUUGCACACGCACACAAAAUCUUAUAGUGAUGCUGAUUUGGUGCUAAAUCCAAAAGAACAUCCUGAUGUUAAACUGGGAGAUGUGGUGGAAGUUUUUCACCGUGAAGAUGAGGACUGUGGCAGUCGAUUGUUGUUGCAGAUAACAAAAUUCAAUGAAGGCGACACCAACUAUAAAGGAAUCAGUAUCGAAUCGGGUAUAGCACAACAAUUUAAUCUUAGAAAAUAUACUGAUGUAGUUAUGCGCCUUGUGAAUGCAGCAGACGUAGCAUUAGAUUCUAUUGAAAUUACAUUCAAAGAUCAGUAUAUGGGUCGAUCUGAAAUGUGGCGUCUUAAAACAUAUUUAACAAAUACGUGUGUUUAUAUAAAUAAAAAAAUUGAUUUUAAUGAUAUGCUUAUACGUUGCCAAGUAUAUGAGAUGUGGUCACAGGGUGAACGCGUUUCCUGUGGUGUCAUUACUGAGGAUACGAAAAUAGUGUUCCGCAGUAGCACAUCAAUGGUUUAUUUAUUUCUACAAAUGUCUUCCGAAAUGUGGGAUUUCAAUAUACACGGCGAUUUAUAUUUUGAAAAAGCAGUGAAUGGUUUUUUGACUGAAUUAUUUCACAAAUGGAAAAAGCUCGGUUGCAAUCAUGAAGUAACAAUUGUACUAUUUUCUCGAACAUUUUAUGCUGCAAAAUCGUUAGAUGAGUUCCCUGAGCAUAUGAGAGAUUGUCUACAGUUGGAUUAUAAAGGUCGAUUUUAUGAAGAUUUCUAUCGUGUAGCUAUACAAAAUGAACGUAAUGAUGACUGGUGUACUGUAUUAGCUCAGUUACGAAAACUCUUUACAUCAUAUCAGAGUACAGUAUUGCGUUAUCAUGAGCGCGAAGGUAUAAGAAUACCACAAGCUACAAACUCCACAGCUGCACAAGGAAAUUUCUUGGAAGUGCUUAAUAUUUCUUUAAAUACAUUUGAAAAACAUUAUUUGGACCGUACAUUUGAUCGUACAGGACAGUUAUCUGUUGUGAUAACACCUGGUGUAGGAGUUUUUGAAGUGGAUCGUGAGCUUACAAAUAUCACUAAACAAAGAAUUAUUGACAAUGGCGUAGGCAGUGAUUUGGUUUGCGUUGGUGAACAGCCGUUGCAUGCUGUACCACUACUAAAGUUUCAUAACAAAGACACCUCCCUAACUUCUGCUGAUGAUUACUCUCUACCACAUUGGAUUAAUUUAAGUUUUUAUUCGACAAACAAGAAGAUCGCAUAUUCCAACUUUAUACCACGUAUAAAGCUGCCACCAAUUAUAGCAAAUGCAACCAAUAAUGAGGAAUAUGAUGAAAGUGAGAAAAAUUUUUUAAGUUGUAAUCAAUCAGAGUAUUUACAUAAUUCAUUAUUCGAUUACGAUGCUUAUGAUGAACAGAUCUUUCAACCACUACCAGCUCAAGGCACUUGUUCCUUGCAGCGCAUAAUACGUGCGAAGAAGACUUCAGUGCCAAGCUUAGAGACUUAUGCAUAUCGAAAUAAUGAUUGGGAUAAUUUAACUCCAAUUAAAAUUCCUAGUUUACGAAGAAAAAUGUCUGAUCCUGAUAUACAUCAUGGCACUUCAGGCAUGUUAGCAUCUUUGACUGAUACGAUAAAUCUUUCUGAAUCACUUGCUUCUGAUAACAAAGCGCGUAGAUCUAUUGUAUCUAUAGCACCGAUUGUACGACCAGGACGUGCCUUAAUAAAUCCAUUUGAUCCAUCACAUGUUACAAUAAAAUUAACAUCAAAUCGUCGCCGUUGGACACAUAUAUUUCCUAAAGGCCCUACUGGUGUACUUAUACAGCAACAUCAUUAUCAAGCUAUACCUGCAAAACCAGCACUUCCUAUUAACAAUAACAAUGAGAAUGAAUAUUCCUCAGGUUUUAAUUCUUCUGAUUAUGAUCACACAUCGAAUUGUUCAUCGUUAAACAAAUCGUAUAAUUCCAAUCAUAGCGAAGAGAAAAUUGAUUUUACAAAAAAACGUAAUAAUUCACUUUUAAGUACAACAAAUAAUGGACCUCUUAUAAAUAGUGCUGUCCCACCCUCAAAAAGUUUCUUAUGGGGUGCUACGGGUGAACAAGAAUGGACUCCGGCAAUAACGACAGUGAAUGCUAUGAAUACCAGAAAACAUUUGAAACCCAUUGUUGAAACUGAUCAGAAAGGAAUUACCUGUACAGACGCAGACGGAGGUGGAAAAAUUAUAAUAGGUUUGCAAUAGUUCAAUUCAGUAAAAUUUCCUUUUUUUAUAUAAACACACACACAAAUAAUAUUUGCACAUUAGUUUAAAAACAGCUUUAUUUAAAAUUUUAUAUAUUUUUGGGUUAAUCAAUUCAUAUUGUGCAAGAACUUCUAUUAAAACUAUAUAUAUUUAAACCAAUUAUGAAAAUGGAUAACCAUUUAUCAAAGGAAAACAAUAUCAGAUUUGGUGCUACUAGUUUACAAUGAUUUUAACCUUAGGUGUAGAGGUAAGUAAUUUAUUAAGU